GUUCCCGAUAACGCCUUCUCGUCGUCCUUUAGCCGCUCCCAUCUUUCGCUUGCCGUUAUAGACAUAUAGACGCUUUUUUUCCUCGUUCACUCCAACACCUUCUGCACCAUGGCUACAGCGCCAGCGUCUCAGCACCUCCCCAAAGAUGCCGUCAAGGCCACUCUCGACUCUCUCGAUCCCUCCCUAAGCUCCAAAAAUACUUUGAAGAUUGAAAACACCGAGAAGCGCGACACUCUCAUUGAGGCGGAGAAGAAAUACCAGAAACUUUGGCAAGACCAGCGCGUUUUCCAGCGCGAUGCGCCAACCCUCGAAGAAGAACCCUUCGACUCCGUCACCCCCGAAGAGCUGCACCAGAAAUACCCGAAAUAUUUUGGCAACUUUGCCUACCCUUAUAUGAAUGGCACCCUCCAUGCAGGCCACAGCUUCACUGUCAGCAAGGUUGAGUUCACCGCCGGCUUUGCGAGAAUGCAGGGCAAACGCGCCCUUUUCCCCCUCGGAUACCAUGUGACUGGUAUGCCUAUCAAGGCCUGCGCGGACAAGCUGGUGCGCGAGAUUGAGCAGUUUGGACGCAACUUCGAGCGCUGUCCUGUCGAUGACAUUAUUGAAGAGCCUCCCACCGAUGGCGAUAUUCCUCCUGCACCCACGCAAGCGGAGACCAAGACGGAUCUCAGCAAGUUCUCCGCCAAGAAGGGCAAGGCCGCAGCCAAAGCCGUCAAGUCCAAGUACCAAUUCCAGAUUAUGCUUGCUCAGGGCAUCCCGCUUGAGGAGAUUCACAAGUUUGCCGACCCGUACCACUGGAUCCAGUACUUCCCUCCGCUGGCCAAGAGAGAUCUGACAAACUUUGGUGCGCGCAUAGAUUGGCGCCGCCAAUUCGUCACUACCGACGCCAACCCCUACUAUGACUCAUUCGUCCAAUGGCAGAUGAGGAAGCUCAAAGAGCUCGGCAAGAUUAUUUUCGCGAAGCGAUAUACAGUGUACAGCCCAAAGGAUGGGCAGGCAUGCCUGGAUCACGACAGGCAGUCGGGAGAAGGCGUCGGCGUGCAGGAGUACACUGCUCUCAAGCUGAAGGUCAAGGAAUGGCCCCAGUCCGCGAAGAAGAUUGUCGAUGGCAAGGUCCCCGAUGGUGCGAACGUCUACUUCAUCCCCGCCACCCUCCGUCCUGAAACCAUGUAUGGUCAGACUUGCUGCUUCGUUGGUCCUAGUAUCGACUAUGGCGUUUUCAAGGUCUCCGAUAGCGACUACUUCGUCUGCAGUCAACGCGCCGCGCGCAACAUGUCCUUCCAGUCCAACGUCUUCCCCAAGUGGGGCGAGUAUCCCCAGGUCGCUUCCUUCAAGGGCAAGGAUGUUAUCGGUACCGUGGUCAAUGCUCCUCUUUCCGUCCACACCGAAGGCGUGCGCAUUCUGCCCAUGGAGACCGUGAAGGAUACAAAGGGUACUGCCGUCGUUACCUGCGUGCCGUCGGAUUCGCCCGACGAUUACGCUACCGUCGUGGAGCUGGCAAAGAAGGCCGACUACUAUGGCAUCCAGAAGGAAUGGGCUGAACUCGAGAUCAUCCCAAUCAUUGACACGCCUUCAUAUGGGAACCUGACCGCCAAGAAGCUCGUCGAGGAGCUCAAGAUCCAGUCUCCCAAGGAUACCAAGAAGCUGGAAGAAGCAAAAGAGAAGGCCUACAAGGAAGGGUUCUACAAGGGUACGAUGAUCUUCGGAGACUUCAAGGGCAAGAAAGUUGAGGAGGCGAAGGCCCUUGUCAGGCAGCAGCUGAUCGACUCUGGUGAUGCGUUCGCCUAUGCCGAGCCUGAUGGGAAAGUCAUCAGCCGAAGUGGAGAUGAAUGUGUCGCAGCUCUUCUCGAUCAAUGGUUCAUGAACUACGGCACCGCCGAGAACGGUGGCGAUGGCGAGUGGGCUCGACAAGUCCUGGAUCACAUCGAAGGUGACCUCAAUCUUUACUAUCCCGAAGCCAAGCACGCCUUCGUCGGUGUCAUCAACUGGCUCGCCAACUGGGCCUGCGCUCGCAGCUACGGUCUGGGAACGAAACUCCCAUGGGACCCUUCAGUCAUGGUGGAAUCACUAAGUGACAGCACCAUCUACCAGGCCUACUACUCCUUUGCUCACCUCUUGCACACGGACCUCUUCGGAAAGGACGUCGGGCCCCUGGGAAUCAAGCCGGAGCAGAUGAAAGAUGAGGUCUGGGACUACGUCUUCGCUCGGCGAGACCGCAAUGACAUCCCCGACACGGACAUCCCCAGGCAAGCCAUCGAGACUCUCCGCCGCCAAUUCGACUACUGGUAUCCUGUUGACAUGAGAACGUCCGGCAAGGAUCUCAUCCAGAACCACUUGACCUUCAAUCUCUACGUACAUGCUGCUCUCUUCGACAAACCCAACUGGCCCCGUAGCUUCCGUGUCAAUGGCCACCUCAUGCUGAACGGUGAGAAGAUGUCCAAGAGCACGGGUAACUUCUUGACGCUCGAACAAGCGGUCGGCAAGUUCGGUGCUGACGCAACCCGUAUCGCUCUUGCCGACGCCGGUGAUGGCAUUGAGGAUGCCAACUUCGAAGAGGCCGUUGCCAACAGCAACAUCCUGAAGCUGUUUGAGCUACGCAAGUGGUGCGAGGACAUGGUUCGUGAGGCCAUCAUCGUCGACGACGGGGAGAAGUACAGGCAAACCCGCGAUAGCGAGCGUCUCAAGAACGUCGACGUCAUUCAGCGAAAGGCCGGCAGCCCCAGGAACGUAUGGGACGACAUGUUUGAGAACGAGCUGAACUCGCUGGUUGCUGAGACGAAGAGGCAUUACGAAGGUACGAUGUACAAGGCUGCGCUGAAAUCCGGUUACUAUGACUUCACUGCCGCUCGUGACUUCUACCGAGAGGCGACAAAGUCUGCAGGGUUGGGUAUGCUCGAGAAUCUCGCGAAGCGGUACAUUGAGCUGCAGGCGCUCAUGCUCACGCCAAUCGCGCCGCACUGGGCAGACUACAUCUGGCAGGAAGUUUUGGGUAAGAAGGAGACGAUCCAGAAUGCCGUGUGGCCUGAAGUUCCUGAGACAGUUCCCUCCCUCACUGCGGCCCGGGAUUACGUCCGCGUUACCUCGUCCAAUAUAACUUCUGCAGAGGGCGCCCAGAUCAAGCGUCUCGCAAAGGGAAAGGCCACCGUGUUCGACCCCAAGAAGGACAAGAAGGUCACGAUCUACGUCGCGCAAUCCUGGCCCGAAUGGCAGACCAAGUACAUCGACCUCCUCAAGAGCUCGUAUCCCAACAUCGACAUCAAAGCCCUCAGCAAAUCCAUCGACAAGUCCGAGUCGAAGAAGGCCAUGCCCUUCAUCAACAACCUGAAGCGUCGCCUCGAUAAUGGCGAGAAGCCCGAUGACGUGCUGAACCGCCAGCUUGCGUUCAACGAGCUUGAUACCUUGCACGCAAUGGUCCCGGCCCUGAAGCACUCGAUUCAAAAGUGCGUUGCUGUGGAGAUCAUCUCGCUUGACGAGGGCGGCAAGACGGGCACUGUUGUCAACGAGGAUGGAAGCAAGGGUGAGGAAAAGAAGGACCUGCCGCCUCAAGCGGCCACCGCGGAGCCCGGUUCGCCCAGCUUCGCUUUCGAGAAUGUUGAGGGUUUGGCUGUACGGUAGCCAUCAGGUGAGUAUCUCGAAAGGGUCAAGAGGGUGGACAUCAUGGCAGUUGGUAUGUGGAUAUGAUUGCAUGAGUGCAUUUCUGGAAGGGAUUCUGUUCAGGCCUUGCAUAUAUCAUGGUUGAUGCGGUUGUGCUGUGUUAUUUAGACCUUCUCCGAGCAUGGGCGUGUAUACGCCUG